CGGGGCGGGCUGUGCGCGAUGGGGGCGUAGGUAACGGGGGAGGAGUUCGCGGCUCGACCCUGGCUGUCUGCUCCUCGCUGGGACCCCGGCCGGCCGAGCGCAGCCCUCCGCCCGGCUCGCGCGGGCCUCUGGCGGACACAGUCGCACGAGGCGCUGUCGGGCGAGGGGGAGACCAUGCCGAGACCCCGGAAGAGGCUGGCGGGGGCUGCUGGGCCAGACAAGAAGGGGCCAGAAGGAAAACGUGCCAAAACAGAGGCCCCAGGUGAGGCACUGGCCAAAGUGGAGAACUCCAGCCUUCAGAAGACUUCAGCCUCUAAAGACUGUGGGGAGAAUCUAAGCAGGUACUGGCUGAUGAAGUCAGAGCCAGAGAGCCGGCUGGAGAAAGGCGUAGAUGUGAAGUUCAGCAUCGAGGACCUGAAAGCACAGCCCGAGCAGACGGCCUGCUGGGAUGGCGUUCGCAACUACCAGGCCCGGAACUUCCUCAGAGCCAUGAAGCUGGAGGAAGCAGCCUUCUUCUACCACAGCAACUGCAGAGAGCCAGGCAUCGCAGGACUCAUGAAGAUUGUGAAGGAGGCUUACCCUGACCACACACAGUUUGAGAAGAACAGCCCCCAUUAUGAUCCAUCCAGCAAAGAGGACAACCCCAAAUGGUCCAUGGUGGAUGUGCAGUUUGUACGGAUGAUGAAGCGUUUCAUUCCCCUGGCUGAGCUCAGAACCCAUCACCAAGCCCACAGAGCCACUGGUGGCCCCUUAAAAAACAUGGCGCUCUUCACUCGCCAGAGACUCUCGGUCCAGCCACUGACCCGAGAGGAGUUUGACUUCAUUCUGAGCCUGGAGGAGGAGGAGCCGACUUAACUGACUGCUGUUGGACAGUACAGGGUGUGAGGCGUGCUCGCUGUGCUCCCCUGGGGUUGUGUCCAAGGGUGGGCUUGGUGUACUCUUCUCAAUAAAACGUUAAUGUCAAA